AUGAGUGAUGUACCUCCCGGAAGUGACGAAGGGGAGCUUUGGGAGGCUGCCGGUGACGAUGCAGGCGUGGUGGUCGCUGUAUUGCUACUUCCAUUGGGGCUGCCGCCUCCACUUCCACUUCCACUUCCCCUCCCUCCCCCGUUUCCAGCUCCACUUCCACUACCAGUUCCGGUGCCGGUCCCAGUUCCAGUUCCAGUUCCACCUCCACCUCCGGUCCCAGCUCCAGUUCCGGUCCCAGCUCCAGUUCCGGUCCCAGCUCCAGUUCCGGUCCCAGCUCCAGUUCCGGUCCCAGCUCCAGUUCCACCACUACUGCCACUUCCACUGCCACUUCCACCUCCACUACUGCCACCGCUACUUCCACUUCCACCCCCUCCACUUCCACCCCCUCCACUUCCACCCCCUCCACUUCCGCUACCAGUUCCGGUUCCACCGCUGCCACCCCCGCUUGGAGUGGUGGCGGGAGAUGGGGACGAAUCUGCUGGCGACGGGCUUGCUGGUAACAGGCUUACUGGUGACGAAUUUGCUGGCGACGGGCUUGCUGGUAACAGGCUUGCUGGUUGA